UAAAUACCUCUUCGAGAUCAGUAGUUGCGUUUAGUCUCUUUCCAUAGCUAUUGGGCUGCACAGGUGCCAGGCAGCCCAGCAAACUAUUAGCACUGAGUGAGCAAAUUUCAUGCGUCGUGCGGUACCUCUCGUAAUACCCAUCGUCAUCAUCGCUGAGGUGGUGUGCUACAACCGUGAAACCGUGAAAUUUUGAUUCGAUCGAUUGAAUUUUAGCCUCGUCCUUCAAAUAAGUGCAAUACUCCAGUGUUGCAAACGGUGAUAUUAACGAUCUUCUGUAUUGUUGAUACGCGGUGGCGAUUCGCAUAGGUGUGAUCAAAGUGCAAUCAAAUCAGUUCAGUAAACAAAACACUCCACUAUCAUAUUAGAUAUUCUUAAUGUGUGACAACUUCUAAGGUGUCGAGAGGUCGUAAAAUAAGUGUUUUGAGGGAGUUUAAAAAGAUUUACGAUUGUGUUAAACUUGUUAACGAGCGUACUCGCGGUUAGUGUGUGAAUAGGAAGAAUGCAAAUCUCAACGAAUCGCGUUUUAUCGGAACAACAGAAGCAGCAGCAGCCUCGAAGUCGCCGAUGUCAACGGAUUCUACCACCUCACAUUGACCAGCGAUCAAGCAUGGGGGUGACAACAGAUCGGUGCUAUUGCCAUAUGAUAUUGAUCUCAACCGGUCUGCUACUGUCGUUGGUUUGUAGUGCGAGUGCCCAGCUCACCAGGAGGUUUCCAGACGACUUCCGGUUCGGAGUGGGUUCUUCCUCGUACCAAAUCGAAGGUGGCUGGAAUGAAGGCGGCAAAGGCGAGUCAAUUUGGGAUCGGAUGACUCACCGGUUUCCGGACAAAAUAGAGGAUAGCAGCAACGGGGAUGUUACUGCCAACAGCUAUCAUCAGUGGCGGCGUGACGUUGAGAUGGUACGUGAGCUCGGUGUUGACAUCUACCGGUUCUCGCUGUCCUGGCCUCGGAUUCUUCCGAGUGGAUUCGUAAACAGUGUCAGCAAAAAUGGCAUCCGGUACUACGGAAGAUUGAUAGAUGAACUGCACAAGUACAACAUAACACCGAUGGUGACACUUUACCAUUGGGAUCUACCACAGCGACUGCAGGAGUUGGGUGGGUGGACCAAUCCGGAAAUGAUUGGAUACUUUAAGGACUAUGCACGGGUUGCGUUCGAGCAGUUUGGAGAUCGGGUGAAAAUCUGGACCACCUUUAAUGAACCGUGGCACGUUUGCGAGCAAGCUUAUGGUAUUGAUUUUAUGGCACCAGCUAUGGAUUUUCCAGGCAUUCCAUCAUACCUUUGCGGGCACAAUCUUCUGAAAGCACACGCGGAAGUGGUUCACAUGUAUAGGAGACGGUUUCAGCCUAAACAGCAUGGAUCGAUAGGAAUCACCACGGACGUUUCUUGGCCAGAACCCAUGACUAACAGUGAUAGCGAUAAAGAGGCCUCAGAGCAUGCAAUGCAGUUUUAUGUCGGUUGGUUCGCUCAUCCAAUUUUCUCCGAAACUGGAGACUAUCCGCAGAUCAUGAUCGACCGGGUGGCGGCGCUCAGCAAACAGCAAGGUUUCUCAAAGUCACGUCUUCCGGCUUUCACACGCGAAGAAGUCGACAAGAUCAGGGGAACCGCUGAUUUCUUCGGUAUCAAUUCGUAUACAUCGGUGCUGGUGAAGAAGAACGAUCGUAACAAUUCGGUUAACUAUCCGGUUCCAUCGUUCAAUCAUGAUAUGGGCGUGGUGGAGUCCAGUGAUCCGAGUUGGCCCCGAAGUGGGUCCGUUUGGUUGCAUGUGGUACCAUCGGGAAUGAACAAGUUGCUCAACUGGAUCCGCCGCGAGUACAACAACCCACCGGUUUACAUUACCGAGAAUGGAGUUAGCGACCGAGGUGGCACCCACGAUGUCAAGCGAAUCGACUACUUCAACUCGUAUCUGGAGGCCGUGCUGGACGCCAUCGAGGACGGGUGCAAGGUGCAGAUGUAUAUCGCCUGGAGUCUGAUGGAUAGUUUCGAGUGGAAGGCUGGAUUCACUGAGAAAUUCGGAUUGUAUCACGUGGAUUUUUCGAGCCCCAACCGAACGAGAACCCCGAAGGCUUCGGCAAAGGUCUACGCGAAGAUUGUGCGAACGCAUCGAAUCGAUUGGAGCUAUCGACCAGCGCCGGAGGUUAUGAUCAAAGUGCCAUCGGCUUAUCGCUCAAACAGUAGUAUUAGGGUUCCUGUGAUAUACUUGACACUGGCAAUGGUGGGGAUCGCACUGAAAGUGAUUUACAGCAGAUAGGUGGUGUGUAUCUUUUCGGUGCCUAUGACAGUAUUUGAUAUUUUUUUACUAGAUGUACAUAUGUGUAAUUAUUUUUCGAAACAUGAGAAUAAUUUUU